GGUUGGACACUAUCAGUCCAUAUAUCCCCUCUCUAACAUAACGGUCUCUUCCUAAUUAUUAGCCUAAAAGAUUUAGAUCAAAGGAUCAAUCGAUAUAAUCAGCAUGGACUCGUCAGUGGUCUCGGAGUUCGAGGGUACCCUGCUGAGGGACGGGCACCCUUUCUCCUACUUCAUGCUGGUGGCGUUUGAGGCCUCGGUGGGCCUGGUACGCUUCACCCUGCUGUUGCUUCUGUGGCCCGUGGUUCGCCUGCUCAGCGGGCUGGGGAUGGGAGAUUUGGCCCUGAGGCUCAUGAUCUUUGUGUCCCUGUGUGGGGUCAAAGAGUCUGAGGUUGAGUCAGUGGCGAGAGCAGUGUUGCCCAAAUUCUACAUGGACGACAUCGACAUGGACGCUUGGAGAGUGUUCAGCGCUCACGACAAGAGGGUCGUGGUGACGAAGAUGCCGAGAGUUAUGGUGGAGAUGUUUGUGAAGGAGCAUCUGCGGGUUGACGAGGUUAUAGGAACCGAACUGGUUGUGAACCGGUUAGGUUAUGCCAUGGGCUUUACCAACAGCGAAUUCAGCUCGGUCUCAGGUCGGGUAGCCAAAUUGUUCGGCGAUAAGCGACCCAGUUUAGGGAUGGGAAGGCCGACGUCAUCUCCAUCAUUUUUAUCUCUAUGCAAGGAAAAACUCCAUCCACCUUUCAUCACUGAAUCAAGGAAGGCCGAUCCACAACUUCUACGCCCUGUCCCGGUUGUAUUUCAUGAUGGCAGGCUUGUCAACCGCCCUACGCCAUCCAUGGCUCUCCUGAUUCUCUUAUGGAUGCCCCUCGGAAUACUACUCGCCACCAUUCGCAUAGCAGUCGGCCUGACAUUGCCCCUAGGAGCCAUUCCUGUGAUCGCCCCAAUAUUCGGGGGCAAGGUCAUCAUGAAGGGUAAACCACCACCACCCGUGUCCGAUGACAACACCACAGGCGUGCUCUUCGUCUGCACACACCGGACCCUGAUGGACCCUGUUGUUUUAUCCACCAUCCUAGGUCGUAAGAUUCCCGCAGUCACCUAUUCCCUUUCAAGGUUUUCUGAGAUCCUGUCGCCGAUACCGACUGUCCGACUUACCAGGAUCCGUGAAAUUGAUGCGGAAAAGAUCAAGCGCCAGUUGGCAAAGGGGGAUCUGGUCGUUUGCCCUGAGGGAACAACAUGCCGAGAGCCAUUCCUGCUGCGGUUUAGCGCUCUGUUUGCUGAGUUGACCGACCGAAUAGUGCCAGUCGCGAUGAACUACCGGGUAGGGUUUUUCCAUGCGACCACUGCUCGGGGCUGGAAAGCUCUGGACCCAAUCUUCUUCAUGAUGAACCCGAGGCCAGUGUACGAGGCAACGUUCCUAAACCAGCUCCCAGUCGAAGCCACGUGUUCAUCGGGGAAGAGCCCUCAUGAUGUAGCAAAUUACGUUCAGAGGAUCCUGGCAGCGACCCUAGGGUUUGAAUGCACCAACUUCACUCGAAAGGACAAGUACCGCGUCCUCGCCGGGAACGACGGAACCGUGCCAUGCGGUGCCUCUUUGGCCGACGGUAUCAGGAAGGUUGUGAAAACUUUCAAGCUGUUCAUAUUUCAUUAGACAACAUACUAGGCGGCUGCAUAUCGAUGAAAUAAUGAGAUCAAUUAAUUAGUCACGUUUAUAAUAUAUAUAUAUAUAUAUACAUAAUAUUCAUAAUGGGCAAUUAAUUAUUUGAUUUUAUAUGCCUAUCUAUCCGUUUGUACGUUAGCCUCGUGUGAGGAUUGAAUUUUCUUCAACUCCUUUUAUUUAUUUAUUUUGGGUUAUAUUAAUUUCGAGAAUAGAUGUAAUAUUAAGGUA